AUGCCUGAUACAAUAAUCGAUGCUCAGCCUUUGAUCGCCGCUUUCGCCUUUGGCAUCGUCGUCAAUGCGGCGUUGGUUUUGAGCUUAGGUCUCAUUACGAGACAUGGGGCGUUGCUGUUCCGCGACGGUGUGAGGCUGGCCCUCUUUGCUUUCGCUGUCGCAUCUGGUCUGUGGGGGCUCUUUGGAUUCGUUUCCAUGAAUGUCGCAUCUUCAUCUGGCUGCCAGGCCUCCCUUGCUUUUGCCGUCGCCUUUGAUCAGGUCGCUCGCAUUUCUUUCGAACAGUUCCUUCUCUGGAAAAUCAUUCCCUCCUCCACCCUUUCUUUCAAAUCUUUGUUACCGCAGAUCGUUCUCUUCGUAAGGCUCAUCCUUGCUGCAAUCUUUGUCGGAUUUCAACGUCCACAGUUUGUGGGUGUCUGCAUCGCUCAGACCCUUAUCUUGCCUCUCGGCAUUACUGUCAUUUGUGUCGAUGUGCUCUUAAUCGUUCUGUUCUUCGCGAAGCUUGAUUGGACUGGCAAGGCUCGGAAGGAGCUCAGCGGAGACUGGGAAAUCUACAGGAGUCGAUCAAUAGCUGUGAGCAUCGCUGGCUUUGGUCUAUGGACGGUGUUCAGCAUUCCUUUGGAAUUAGGAAUUGCCUCGCUAUCUCUGCUUCUACGCACCGGACUGCCUUCACUGGGCCUGUUCAUUCUCAUCAGUAUGCUCAUAUCACUGCAAUAUGCAAUCCCUCGGGCUAACAGUAACGCAGGCAUUGUCUCGUUCUUCCGUGACCCUCUCCUUAUUGCACCAGGCGAUAUGACUCCAGAGAUUCUUGACGGCGCAUCAGCAAGGGUGCUCCGAGUGUCUGCCCAAAUACACAGUAUGCCAAACCCAGGCUUGCUUCCUAUCGCGCGUUGGGAUAAGUCGAUGUCUCCUUCAAACAACAAUGACGAAACGAAAGAGAAAACAGUCGUCGCUACUCGUCAUGUUGCGGUAGACUCUUCAAGCUCUAGCUUCAAUGUAGCCGGGGCUGCGGAGCUGGCAGCAGGUCCAUGGGAUAUCGAAAAGGGGCCUGCCGGGUCACACGAUACACAUCCGCGAAAUUUUCAGUCUCGUCCUGCCCACGAUCUCUCGAUUUCACAAGUCUCGCCCUCCAGCACACCCAACAUCAAGCACAACAUCCCUGUUGUUAUCACAACCUCGCCGCAAAUCGACGACGAUGUAGCCUUCAUGUCAAGCAUUGUCUCUGAGCCGACCUCAACCGAAAGUAAAGAUGCCAGAGCCUCAUGGACUGCUCUAGAGUUUGCAGUCCAGGACGAUUUGCGCCAAAGGUCCUCCUCUCAGCCCUUGUAUCCACCAUCGUUGAAAGGGAACAUGUUCCCAACACCUCUGAAUAUUUCAAGAUCCAAAACUAUGAAUGAAAGGGGCCGUGUCAUGCAAAGGAACAUCCCAGUGCGACCGGAUACCUGGGAUCUCUUGGAAUUUUCUCGUGGCAAGAGAAAGCGAUUAGCGGAAACCAACACCAACAAACCAUCAGAAGACACCCGACGAUCGACAAGCCCUGCGGCCAAGAACAUCGAAACAUUCCCUUCUUCACUACAACCUCCUGAAAACAACAUCAACCGCCAUACCUGCGCCAGCUCCACAUUCACAGCAUGGCCUGGAAACGUACCAGCUGGCUCUGUAUCUCCACCAUCAAUAUCCUGCCAGUACUUCACGAAAGGAGUUCAAGGCUCUCCUGAGGCCCAGAGGCUUCAAAAGAUCGAUCAACUCCACAAUGAUGGCAAUUCGAAGCCUUUGCCUCCGUACCCCGAUCAGGAAUCAUCUUCAACCGCAUCUGACAACUUUCAAUUACAACUCAAUCUAGCACCUGCCGGAGAGUCUGACAAGCUCACUUUCUUUUCCCCUGGCGACGUGGCCCAAAUUCUGUCACCUGCAAAUGGCCGCGAAGUUCACCCUCCUGUGUCACCAUUAGAUGAAAGCAAUCCCUCUCUUCGCGUUUCAGAAACAACGAAUGAGAUCAAAGAUCCCAACUUGCAUGAAUACCCAUUCAUCCAGCAAUCCGAAUCAGUAGUUGAUAGACCCCGACCUGUUCAAAGAGACAUGACACACGUACAAGCGCUGGAUUUGCAGAGAUCAAAACCAUCAGUUCAUGCACUGAGGAGAUCUCACUCCUGUGGUUCGGCUCGAUCUCAGAGGUCAACUUCUUCCCAUAAUAACGAGGCCCAGGAAACGACACCUGCACUGCUUCCAAAACCAAGUAGGGAAUCUCUUCGAGCACACCUACAUCGGACAGGUUCAAUGACGGUUGAGGAAAAGAUGGGCAAGUUUUUCCAAGUCCCAUCAGGUAGCCAGGGCCUCUCUGUAACAGAAAAACGGAAGUCGAGGUCCUUGCCCGAAGUGCCUGAGGCUCGCAUGGAAUCUGAAGAAACCAUCAACCAAGCUGCGACACAGCGGCGGAGGAUUUCCCAAGCGCGAAGAGACACGAGCGACAUCGGCAAUCACCAGCAGGACAGAAACUCCUACGCCUCGAGAAACAAACUUGUAUCCAGAUAUUCAUCCUACCUGUCACCGAAAGUCGAGGCGACGGCCGCUUUCCCUCAACCUUCUCCUUCCCCGCAACGAACCUCUGAAGUGCCAUCAACAAUCCGAGGGGCAUGGAAAGAAGACGACAUCACCACAAAUUGGGGUUCAAUCCACUCAGCAGUGAAUGGAAUUAGCCUGGAGCCAGUCAGAGCAGUUGAGGUCAUGCAUUCCGCAAGGCCAAGCGCCACACCUAGGAUUGGGGAUGAGGAAGAUAUCUACGGCGAGGCCGUAGCUGAGGAUGAGUCGACCUCAUCAGAGGAGUUUUACAUUGAAGAUCACUCCUAUGAGCUUCAGCAUGAGUUAGAAGACUCGAUCUCCGAAAGACACGUACCCAGAGUUACCUUCCCGUUGUGGCAUUACAGAGUUGGAGACCGCUGCUCAACGUUUACUCUUCGACGACAGAUGCCAGAAACUCGCAGGGCACCUCCCCCUUCAGCGUUGGACCUUACCAAACCACCAAAGCCUUCGUGGAUAUUUGCAGCUGAACCGUCGCCCCUAGAAUCUCCGGGGCACGCGCUUGAAAUGCUUCAAGAACAACUGAACAAAUUGGAGGAAGAUAUCAACAGUGUCUCAUAUACCAAUCAGUCAAACACCGAUGAUGAAAUCGAUGUCAGUGCCUCCAGGUGUGACUGGCAGACCAUGUGGAAUGUAGUCGACGUUGACUCGCCCUCAUACUCAAUUGCCGGCAGCGAUUUCGACGAAACCCCUGAACCUCUAUGCAUCCCAAGCGCUCGUUCCGAGAAGCUGGAUCUGGGAGAUAACCCGAGAUCAUCGCGCUUGACUGUUGUACCAGCCAACCUACUUCCUUCUCACUCUCCAAGGGUCACCAAGACAACUAGCCUCACCGUGUAUCCUGUCAGACCGGAUCAGUUUUCUUCACCCACGCCACCUGACUCAGACGAUUCCGACCAUAGCGUCAUCGAAGUCCCCCUCGUCUAUGCUGAUAGCGAUGAGGAUCUCGAGAAGCGCCAGCCAAGCAGAUGGACCAUCUCAGCCGCGCCGCCAAACAAGGGCGAGAAUCAGCUAGUGCCGGGCCUCCCAGCCAGCCGGGGAAAAGAGAAAAUGUACCAAAUUCCCAUGAGGAAAAGUAUGGGCGCACCAAGUAAUGGAAGGGUAAACCUGACACAUCUGGAACGUAUCUCUACAUCUUAUAUACCAGGAGAUCACUUGGCUUUGUAA